AAGCAUUGGAUCCAGGUCUGCAUUCAGACCCCUCUCCAAUUUAGAUGAGAACGAGGAAACAAUGGUCUUUGAGCCUCUAGGUAUGCACAUUUAUUUGAUUAUGCCUAGAUAUGCACCUUUGACUUUGACAACCCCAGACAGUGCAUAUAACUUUUAGGUCAGACUUGUAAUAUCACUUAUUUGACCCCUUACACAUCUCAGCCAAACACACAAAUGCUCUUAUUCGUGAUUAUUUGACUGUAUAGAUAAAAACUAGACUCUUAAACAACUUGUUUACUUAAUUUUCAGAUGUGAUGGUGAAGGAGGAGAGUGAAGAACUGAGUGAAGAUGAGGAGAAACAUCAUGUCAAAAGUGAAAGUGAAACUCAAUUGAAGAUCGAACAUAGUAUUUUAAUGGAGGGAACAGCUGGAAAAGGUUUCACCUGCACUCAGUGUGGAAAGAGCUUGAAGAGCAAACAUGAUGUCCACCUUCAUAUGAUGAUCCACACUGGAGAGAAACCUUACACGUGUUCACACUGCGACAUGAGAUUCAAUCGUUUGGGAAACCUGAAAAGACAUGAGAUGAUCCACACUGGAGAGAAAUCACACAGGUGUGAUCAGUGCGGCAAAACAUUUUUUAUUUUUUCAAAGCUGAAGGAUCAUCUUAGAGUUCAUACAAACGAGAGGCCCUAUUCAUGUUCUGAGUGUGGAAAGAGUUAUACGGUGCUGUCAAAUUUGAAACAACACCAGAAAACCCACACCGGUGUGAAAGAGUUUGUGUGCCUUGAGUGUGGGAGGAGUUUUAUUACAUCUGCAGACUUGAAACGACACCAGAUGAUCCACACUGGGGAGAAACCGUACAUGUGUUCACACUGCGACAGGAGAUUCAAUCGUUUAAGAAACCUGAAAACGCAUGAGAUGAUCCACACUGGAGAGAGACCAUUCCCAUGCGCUCAGUGUGGGAGGAGUUUCAGACGAUCAUCACACCUUAAUGAACACAUGCUGCUCCACACUGGAGGUCUUCAGAGCUGAAGAAACAUCUUAGAGUUCAUACAAAGCCGAAGCCGUAGACUAUAUGCUUAUUUCACGCGGCCGCCAUUUUAAAGAACCAAGUGUCUGUUUUUGCUUUACCCAAUCGAGACCUUUUACCCGAGUCGACAGCACUUCUGGUCUUCUGUGAGAGUAUAAUUGCUGUGUUGUACUGUAAGGCAGAUAAUCGGCCACCGAACUCUACAAGAGUGUGCAGCCCUUUUGCUAUAAAACUGCAAACUAUCUUCAGUAAAUUUGCAUCAUUUUUUUUUUCUGUUGA